UCGGAAAGCGCCGGGGAGGGAGGGGAGAAGGGGAAUGAUGCUCUACCGCGAAUGUUUACUUGGCUCGGCUCUUAAGGGCGCGUCCCUGGAGGCGGCGAAGGGAUACUGGUCACUGCUGCUCCAUCGCCGGCCUGGGCCAGGAGAGAUCCCGCUGUAAACAAAAGCCACAUCUCCGCUGGGUAUUGCAAGUAGCUUCUGGCGUGGGCAUUUUGUAACCCCUCCGAGCUGACCGGAGGGCCCCCCAGCUCGCCUCGUGGGCUCUGCACGCACAAACCCUAUUUUUAAUAUGGUAUUUUGCAAACGAUCUUGUGUUAGUCAGCUCCCUCCAUUCCCCCAUGCACUCCCCCCAUUCAACAUGAUAAAGUCUGAGCUCCAAUUUAAGGGUGUCAGCGGACGUGUUGCACGCCUAAUUGCCUGGCGUAGACAGAAGGUGUAUAUGCUUUUAAACACUUGAGAAGAUGAAACUGAUUACAUAGCUGUGGAAUAAACUAUAAUACCUUUUGAGGGAAAGGGAAGUAUAUUAGCUGCCAUUUGCAAUUUUGGGAUAGAAAGUGAGCAGUGGAAAACAUGCUGGAAGCAAUAGAUACACAUCGGGCCCUGCAGGCAGUGGAGCGCCUGCAGGCGAAACUGCGGGAACGAGGUGACUUAGCAAAUGAGGAGAAGUUGAGCUUGCUAAAAUCAGUGCUGCAGAGCCCUCUCUUCAACCAGAUCCUGAACCUUCAGACUUCUGUCCACCAGUUGAGAGAUCAGGUAAAUGUUGCACCAUCCAUACAUUCGGCUGGCGAGUUCCCACAGCUUCCCCAUCAUGGUGCUAGUGUGGGUUCCUUGCCACAUAACGAAUCCUAUUUAUUGGCUCAGCAGAAUGGCAGCCCUGCUAAUGUGCUAGAAGCAUCUGUGAGAUCUGUUACUCCUCAGAUUAAUGGGAAAUCCUCCAGCUCCAGUGAUGAGUUGGAGCAACUAAUCAGAACUAUGUCACAGGGUCGCCUCGUCGAGACCUUAGAGCUGGUUAAACCUCCAAGUGGUGGGCUGGGCUUUAGUGUUGUGGGAUUGAAGAGUGAAAACAGAGGGGAACUGGGGAUAUUUGUGCAGGAGAUCCAAGAAGGAAGCGUGGCAUAUAGAGAUGGAAGGCUGAAGGAAGCAGAUCAAAUCCUUGCUAUUAAUGGACAAGCCCUUGAUCAAACAAUUACACAUCAACAGGCUAUCAGCAUCCUGCAGAAGGCAAAAGAUAAUGUCCAACUAGUUGUGGCAAGGGGUUCCUUGCCUCAGCUGAUCAGUCCUGUAGUUUCUCGAUCUCCAUCUGCUGCUAGCACAGUCUCUGCCCAUUCCAAUCCGGUCCAUUGGCAGCAUGUGGAGACCAUUGAGUUGGUGAAUGAUGGAUCAGGUUUGGGAUUUGGGAUAGUGGGAGGAAAGUCAACUGGAGUUAUAGUUAAAACCAUCCUCCCAGGAGGAGUAGCUGAUCAGCAUGGAAGGUUAUGCAGUGGAGACCACAUCCUGAAAAUUGGCGAUACAGACCUGGCUGGAAUGAGCAGUGAACAAGUGGCACAAGUUCUGAGACAGUGUGGAAAUCGAGUGAAGCUGGUCAUUGCAAGAGGUCCCAUAGAGGAACCACCUCCACCAGCCGUCCCUCCAUCAACCCCUGUACCAACUUCCAUACCAGAGAAACAGGCAGAGACUUCUUUUGAUAUUGAUGAAGAUGGAGAGAAAUUUGAUGUAGAACUCACUAAAAACAUCCAAGGAUUAGGAAUAACUAUUGCUGGUUACAUUGGAGACAAAACCUCAGAACCUUCUGGUAUUUUUGUGAAAAGCAUUACAAAAGGCAGUGCUGUUGAACAUGAUGGUAGAAUCCAUAUUGGAGAUCAAAUUAUAGCUGUGGAUGGAACAAAUCUUCAGGGUUUUACCAACCAACAAGCAGUAGAGGUUUUGCGGCACACAGGACAAACAGUUCGACUCACUUUGAUCAGAAGAGGGCUUAAGCAGGAAAAUCACAUUCAGCCCCAUGAGGACUUCACUGCUGCUGUUGAAAAGGACUUAAUUUUCCAAACUAUGGAUAAUGGCACAGCCAAAGAACAGUGUGAAAGAGAGCAGGGAUCUCCACCACUGCCGUGCAGUGCUGGUGUGGUACACAUUGGAGAGGACAGUAAACAACAAGAAUCAGGUUUCCAGCUAACUUCCACAGGAGAAGCAGUAUUGCAGAAUAAAUGGCAGAGGAUUAUGGGUACAAAUUAUGAGAUAGUGGUGGCUGAAGUUAACAAAUUUAGUGAAAGCAGCGGGUUAGGGAUAAGCUUGGAAGCUGCAGUGGGACAUCAUUUCAUCCGAUCUGUUUUACCAGAAGGGCCAGUUGGACGAUGUGGGAAGCUGUUCAGUGGAGAUGAACUGCUGGAAGUGAAUGAAAUAUCUUUGCUUGGGGAAAAUCACAAGGAUGUGGUAAAUAUUUUAAAAGAGCUGCCUAUCAAGGUUACAAUGGUCUGCUGCCGUCCCAUUGCUCCACCCGUCAGUCAGUCAGAGUUGGACAAUCUGACCCUCUCUGAGAUUCAGCUCACAGAAAAGUCUCAUGUAGACCUUGAAGUCAUUGGCUCCUCAGACACAGAGGGUACUGGCUUGGAAAUGGCUGAUGUAGGUCAGAAUAUUGAUGAGGUGCAAGGAUCUCCUUUGGCAAUGUGGGAAACAGAAAUACAACACGUUGAGCUGGAGAAAGGGAGCAUGGGACUUGGCUUUAGCAUAUUAGACUACCAGGACCCAGUGGACCCGGCAAACACAGUAAUUGUAAUCCGCUCAUUGGUUCCUGGUGGUGUUGCUGAACAAGAUGGCAGACUUCUUCCUGGAGAUCGGCUGAUGUUUGUCAAUGAUAUAAACUUGGAAAAUGGCAGCCUGGAGGAAGCUGUACAAGCACUGAAAGGAGCACCAGUAGGAGCAGUUAGAAUAGGAGUUGCCAAACCACUGCCUCUUUCACCAGAAGAGGGUUAUAUUUCUGCUAAGGAAGAUCCCUUUUUCUACACUGCCCAGUCACUUGAGGAGGAAGGGCCAGUUGAUGCAGCCCUCUUCCAUGCUGAGCUGGCUCUGACCUGGGUCCUGAACUUGCAUGAUGUUGAGCACUUACUAAGAAAUAUUGAGUACCAGCUCCCAUUGAAGUCAUAUUUUGAUGUGGACUCAAGUGAGGCAGAUCUAGCGGAUGAAUCCACCUUUGAAUCACAGUAUACUUCAGACAAUGAUGACACCUUCCAGGCUUCUGUGUUAGCUCUGCACGGCAGUAGCUGUAGUGAUGGUCUGAACUAUAGCCUCUCUCUUCCAUCAUCAACUCCCAAGGGUGUUGGUGAAGAUUCCUCAAAUGAUUUCCGACCAUCCAACAAGAAUCUAUACAACAUAGAUCUAAUCCAGGGAGGGGAAGAGAAACAAUCCUUAGAGGACACGAGCAUGGUACCUGCUGGUGGUGUUUCCAAAAAGGAUCCUCUGCCUUCAGAUAUUUCUGAGAAACUCGCUGAAUAUGAAAAUAUAGCUGCUUGGAUGGAACCUCAGACGUCAGCCAAAGUUGCACAAAAUACAAACUCUGCUAUCACAGUGCACCCUGACCUUACUGGAAAAGAUCCAGUGUAUUUAAUGGAAAAGAGCUACCUGACAUCUACUACUGAGGGAAGUUCCACAAUCCAAAAUACACCUGAAAACAUGCAUGAGAAGACUAUCACUAUUGCAAAAGGCAAUUCAAGUCUAGGGAUGACAGUAAGUUCCAAUAAAGAUGGCUCGGGAAUGAUAGUCCGCAGCAUCAUCCAUGGCGGUUCCAUAAGUCGUGAUGGACGAAUCGGUGUGGGGGAUUGUAUUCUGUCCAUUAAUGAAGAGACAACCACUAAUUUAACCAAUGCGCAGGCCCGGGCUAUGCUGAGGAGACAUUCACUCAUUGGACCUGAUAUAAAAUCUUCUCCAGCACCUGCUGAUGAUCAGGCCCCCUUUUAUGUGAUUACAUAUGUGCCAGCAGAACAUUUGGAAGAGUACAAAGCCAGUUUGGGACAACAACCAGAGGACAAAAUACCACCCAAUCUCUUUUCUGCACAUACUGUAAGCAGAGAAAUUCCAGAACUACCUGAACGUGAAGAGGGGGAGGGAGAAGAAAGUGAACUUCAGAAUGCAGCUUACAGUCACUGGAACCAGCCCAGACGGGUUGAGCUUUGGAGAGAACCUGGCAAGUCGUUGGGAAUCAGCAUCGUCGGUGGACGAGGGAUGGGGAGUCGGCUGAGCAAUGGUGAAGUGAUGAGGGGAAUCUUUAUCAAACACAUUCUGGAAGACAGCCCCGCUGGCAAAAAUGGAACCUUAAAAACUGGAGAUAGAAUAGUGGAGGUGGAUGGAAUUGACCUCAGAGACGCAAGCCAUGAACAAGCUGUGGAAGCCAUACGGAAGGCAGGCAACCCUGUAGUCUUUAUGGUACAGAGCAUUAUAAACAGACCAAGGCCAGAAUCUCUCAAUAGCUCUUCAUCAGCCUCUGCUCUCAGUGGGCAGAAACCUACUAACCCAUUUUAUCAUCAGUCAUCUCAGCUGCCUUUCACGCAGCACAACCUUUUCUAUGGGCCUGGUACCAUCAGCAGCACUAAUCCAUUUGCUGAUUCUCCUCAGUUCAACACUAACAAGGCAUCCAGUCAGUCAGAUUCAGAGCCAGAAAAGACUUCAUUUAGUAACUUGCCUCUGCCCCCUCCUUCAGCAUUUUCAGGAAUGAGCUGUGAAAUUGCACAAUCAUCUUCCAGCAAAAUUGAAGAGGAUGUGGAAGAUGAUGAUGAGUUUGGUUACAGCUGGAAAAAGAUCACACAGCGUUAUGGAACUCUACCAGGGGACCUGCACAUGAUAGAGCUGGAAAAAGGAAGGACUGGUUUGGGACUUAGCCUUGCUGGCAACAAAGACCGGUCCAGGAUGAGUGUCUUCAUAGUGGGAAUUGAUCCAAAUGGGGCAGCUGGAAAAGAUGGAAGGUUACAGAUUGCAGAUGAGUUACUAGAGAUCAAUGGACAAAUUCUCUAUGGAAGAACUCAUCAGAAUGCUUCCUCGAUAAUCAAAUGUGCACCAUCUAAAGUAAAAAUCAUCUUUAUCAGAAAUAAAGAUGCAGUGACUCAGAUGGCUGUUUGCCCUGGGAAAUCAGUAGAACAUUCACCUUCCCCCUCAGAGACUCCUCAAAAUCAAGAGGGUGAACCGAGUGCUACAAAUCCUGUUACGGCUAUAGACUUAAAUACAUAUAAACAUAUUCAGCAUGUGGAACUCCCCAAGGAUCAAGGAGGACUGGGUAUUGCCAUCAGUGAAGAAGACACACUUAAUGGAGUGGUUAUUAAAAGCCUAACAGAUCAUGGUGCAGCAGCGAAGGAUGGACGGAUCCGAGUUGGGGAUCAGAUCCUUGCAGUGGAUGAUGAAGCUGUUGUGGGCUAUCCUAUAGAAAAGUUUAUCAGUCUGCUGAAGACAUCCAAGACCACAGUGAAGCUCACAAUCAACUCAGUUGAACAUGAUAAUCAAACAUCUCUUCAAACAUCGACACCCCCACUUUGCAGUGCUACCACAAGCGAGUGGAAGAACAUCCAGCAGUCGCUGAUGAUUCCGUCUUCUGGGUCUCCAGAACCAGAGACAAUUAAAAAUACAAGCAGGUCCUCAACUCCAGCAACGUUAGCCUCUGACCCAGCUACUUGUCCCAUCAUCCCAGGAUGUGAAACAACCAUUGAUAUCUCCAAGGGACGCACUGGACUUGGAUUGAGCAUUGUUGGGGGAGCAGACACUUUACUGGGAGCUAUUAUUAUCCAUGAAGUAUAUGAAGAAGGAGCAGCAUCCAAAGAUGGAAGGCUCUGGGCGGGAGAUCAGAUUUUAGAGGUGAAUGGAAUUGACCUCCGGAAUGCCACGCAUGAUGAAGCAAUAAAUGUUCUCAGACAGACACCCCAAAAAGUCCGUCUCACUGUCUACAGGGAUGAGGCCCAGUACAAGGAGGAAGAUAUGUAUGAUGUUCUCAAUAUAGAGCUGCAAAAGAAGCCAGGCAAAGGCCUCGGAUUAAGUAUUGUUGGGAAAAGAAAUGAUACGGGGGUAUUUGUGUCAGACAUCGUCAAAGGAGGAAUAGCAGAUACAGAUGGGAGACUAAUGCAGGGAGACCAGAUAUUAACAGUAAAUGGAGAAGAUGUUCGAAAUGCUAACCAGGAGGCUGUUGCUGCUUUGUUAAAGUGUUCAUUAGGUAUUGUAAGACUAGAAGUUGGAAGAAUAAAAGCAGGUCCAUUCCAUUCUGAGAGGAGAACAUCCCAAAGCAGCCAGGUCAGUGAAGGAAGUGGCAGCCUGUCAUCAUUCAGUUUCCCACCUUCUGGUUCCAACCCAUCUGAGGGCUUUGAAAGUGGUCUUAAGAAGAAUGCCAUAUCAUCUGAAAUACAAGGAUUAAGAACGGUUGAAAUAAAAAAGGGUCCUGCAGAUUCCCUAGGAGUGAGCAUUGCUGGAGGAGUAGGAAGUCCCCUAGGAGAUGUUCCCAUAUUUAUUGCUAUGAUGCACCCAAAUGGAGUUGCAGCUCAAACUCAGAAACUCAGGGUUGGGGAUAGGAUUGUUAAUAUUUGUGGAACAUCCACUGAGGGCAUGACACACUCCCAAGCUGUCAGCCUACUGAAAAAUGCUUCAGGCACUGUUGAACUGCAGGUGGUGGCUGGAGGGGAUGUAAGUGUCGUAACCGGUCAGCAACAGGAUCCACCAGCUUCCAGCCUUUCAUUUGCAGGACUAACCUCAAGCAGCAUCUUUCAGGAUGAUUUAGGGCCCCCUCAGUAUAAGACCAUUACUCUAGAUCGAGGACAGGAUGGUCUAGGCUUUAGUAUUGUGGGAGGAUAUGGCAGUCCUCAUGGAGAUUUACCCAUCUACGUUAAGACAGUAUUUGCAAAGGGUGCAGCAGCAGAAGACGGACGGCUGAAGAGAGGGGAUCAGAUCAUUGCUGUCAACGGGCAGAGCUUAGAAGGGGUGACCCAUGAAGAAGCAGUUGCUCUUCUAAAAAGGACAAAAGGGACUGUCACUCUGACUGUUCUCUCAUGAACUGGCUGUCCAAAUAAUAGGAUCAACAAGAUUCCAUUAUCUACAUUCCACAUAGCAAAGAGAAUGGAAAUGUUUAUGUAGCCUUCUUGCUACUCCAGCUUUACCAGACUGUUAUAUCACUGAAGAAAAAAUAACACUUAAUCAUAUUUUUGAACACAAUAGAAGUAUUUGUCUUACUGUCGAAUCACUGGGAUGGGCUUAUGUAGUCUCUGGCAAAGACUUAAGGUUUUUUAUUAUUACUGUAAUGAAUACAGGUGACCCACCAGAACAUGAAAGUUUGCAUUAGUAACCGCAUUGCAAACUGGAAUGUUUUGCAAAGAGGCUUUGAAUAUUUGCGAUAGGUGUGGGAGGGAGAAUGUGUGCGCUAAAUAGUCAAGGGGGGAGGAGAUAACUGAGUCUAUUUAAAUAGCAGAAAUAAAGUCACAGGAGGAACAACAGUUUAACAAAAGAAGAUAGAUGGAAAAAUUAGAGAGUCAGUGUUGCUAAUUACGUGCUCCAGACACAAAAUAAUGGAGAGGGGGGUUGGUUUUUUUUGGUGCUCAGGGGUUGAAAAAUCCACUUGCAGGAAACUUUCCCUGGUGAAUGAGGGAGCCUUCCUGGACCUGCAGUAUCACAAGGAUUUCGGCUUCUCUUUUAAAGUAGUGAAGUUCCUAAGCUUGGUGGGUGUGAAGAUAAUGUUCCCGAUGUGAACAGUAAAAUGAACACUGCCCUCUUCCUAAGUUUGCAGACAGGUAGAUCCAGUGUCACAGUCACUGCUGCUCACAGCUUCUUGAAGCAACAGUACAAAUUAACCACCAUGGCUAGCUUCCGUGUCACUAGUCAGAGCCCAGUGGAAGGUAGUAAAAUGGGUGAGGAGUCAAUUUCAUGCUGCUGCUAUUGCUCUAUAAGCCAGUGGUGGGCAACCUGCGGCCCAUCACAGUAAUCAGAUUGCAGGCCAUGAGACAUUUUGCUGACUUUGGCCAUCCCCAGGCAUAGCCCCCGCAGCUCCCAGUGGGUGGGAACAGCGAACUGUGGCCACUGGGAGCUGCGGUGGGCCGUGCCAGCAGACGGUCAAGGUCAGUAAAAUUGUCUCACGGCCCGCAAUCAGCUUACCUUGAUGGGCCUCAUAUGGUGUGCAGGUCUCGGGGUUGCUCACCACUGCUCUAAGCAGAAGCAGAUACUGAAGACAUUCAGAGUGUAGGAGGACCCCCCAAAAAAGAGAGAGGAGGGUAGAAUAAUAAAGACCCCCCUCAUUAUAGAGGAGUCCAAGAGUAGGGCAAAUGGUAGAGGUUCCUCUUCAACUUCACCCUAGUCAGAAAGCAUGCAGGAGGGGAAAGGAUGGGCAGAGAAAGAAGUCCCUUAGUCCUGCCAGCUGCUGGAAGGAGUUCUAAAUUAUUGAACACUUACAAGCCAGACCCUGAUAUGUAAGAUGAAGCCCUGUAAAGCUGUAGGAACAAUGCUCCUGGCUUCUCACUAUAAAGUGUUGUCCCUGGACCUUACUUGUGAACUCUCUGUCAGUUUCCCCCCUUUUGCCUAGUACUGUAUCUGCUUGGUCAAGCCCCAUCUGUGAUUUACCUUGUCACUAAAUACAAUAUGUCUUUAAAACCUUUAGAGAGGAAGAAAUGUCAAAGGUCAUGUGAGCACUGGUGUUCCUUUAGGCUAGGGUGCUGCCCACGGCGUGUUUUCAUGUAGCUGCAAGACUAUUGACUAGCAAACACCUAGAGCAGCUGGAGCACCAUGUCAGUUGUUUAUAAUAUUUAAUUCUAAAGUGGGGGCAUGUUCAAACUGUGCUAGAGAAAUAUGCAAACGAGACACCAUUCAUUAUUUUACUGAGUGAAAUAUAGCAGGUUAGGAAUGUUUAAAGAGAUACUACAGCGCUACCUCGAUAUAACGCAACCCGAUAUAACACGAAUUCAGAUAUAACGCAGUAAAGCAGUGCUCCGGGGGUGGGGGUGGAGGCUGCGCGCUCCGAUGGAUCAAAGCAAGUUCAAUAUAACGCGGUUUCACCUAUAACGUGGUAAGAUUUUUUUGGCUCCCGAGGCCAGCGUUAUAUCGAGGUAGAGAUGUACUUGUGAAUUGAUAGCUAAAUGUAAGUGGAUUAACUAAAAAGACCCCUCUUUUUCAAUAAUUAUUUUAGAUGUUACAUACAAUAGACUUAAGAAAAACAGAUGGUGCCAGUACUUGAGGCAACUGGUGAUGCAUUAUUAGCCUGUCCUCAUUCCCAGUAUAGUGUGUGAAAUGCCCAUGUUAGAGUAUGUAAAGUCUCUUCAAAUAUUAUCUAUAUUUGUAACAGAAGUAGUGUACAGAUAUUUUAUUAUUGCCUUCAUGUCUAAAUGCAGGAUUUAAGAGAAUAAAUAUGAAGCUGUAAGAGGUGAAUUAAUAAAGUUGCAGGUGUAUUUGUG